GAUGUGUCAUGUCUCGUUUACGCAGCAAACUCGUCUGUGUUGCAUUCUUUACAUUACAACUGAUUGAAAGCGUGUUGUCUAGCCAACAGGCGACCAAGAGAGCCACUGAGACCUGCCAGGCGUGUGGAGGAUGUGCCUAUGGACGUGACGGUCGCGACGGUAAAGACGGAGCAAGUGGACCACAAGGUCCAUCUGGAGCUCCAGGCCUUCCAGGGCCUCCAGGGGAGCCAGGCGGACAAGGAAAGAUGGGAAAAUCGGGCCCUCAAGGUCCUCCAGGUCGAGCAGAAAGCACUCAGCAUGUGGAUCGACGUCUAGUGGCAGCAUUGUCAAGAAUCGAGAGGCUUGAAACCGAAAUACAGAAGGGCGAUGAGAAGAAAACGUUUGGGUCUGGUAAGGAUGGUGCUCUGAAUAUCAAGAGAGAUAAUGCACACAUUGUAGAAUGUUUCUAUGUCACUCAGUCAACAAUCAGAGCAGGAAGUCGAGUUGUCAACGUCAGCAGUUGUUCAUUGUUGUCUCCAGGAGAUGAAAUAAUGUUUCAUCAAACACAGCAUCCAGUCCAUCCUGGAGUUUAUGAAUUCUCUUACGUUUUGUCUUGUGCAUCGAACACUCUGAAACUGCACUAUCCCUUGAAGAACUUGUAUGAAUCGGCUGUUUAUAGUGGCUCAAUCCCAAAAGUUGUACAGUUUUCUGUUGUACCUCAUUACACUAACGUAACAGUAGCUGGUGGUCUCAAAUCUAGUGCCUGGGAUGGUUGUUGUGGUGGAAUUGUGGUUUUCCGGUCCAACGGAAGUGUUUCUGUUGAUGAGACAGGCACCAUUUCUGUAAGAGGAAAGGGUUUUAGAGGCUCUCCUCGAUUUGUAUCCAAUAGAGACUCUGUUCCUGGUUAUGUGGGUGAAUCAAGUAAAGUUGGUUACGCUGCAGUUCGGCAGUCAGCAGCUAUUGGAUCUGGAGGAGGAAGUGGAAAUGGUCAAGGAGGUGGUUAUGGGGGAGCCCAUCGCACUGUUGGUUCUGCUCCACAACGAGGAGGAUGUGACCUUGCAGCAGCAGGAGCUCCAACGAUAACGGGUGACAAAGAUUUUUCAUUGGUGGAAUUUGGUGGCUCUGGUGGAGCAGCAGGAUCUCAUAACAAGGGUGGCCGUGAUGGAAGCAAAGGUGGACGUAGUGGAGGAAUAAUUUUUAUAUUUUCUCAAAGUAGAGUUAGUGUGGAAGGGCAAAUAGAUGCUCGUGGAAUGUCCGGAGAAGACGGCUACACUACUCAAUAUCACAAGCAGCCAAUGGGAGGUGGUGGUGGUGGAGCUGGAGGAGCAGUCAUGAUAGUCACAACAACGUCUAAUCACAAAAGUAACAUUCUUGUAAGUGGCGGUGCAGGAGGUGAUUCAGCUAUACACAGUGGUUGCAAUCCAGGAGGCAGAGGUGGCUCGGGUGGAUUGGGAUGGAUUAGAGUAGCUGACUCUUUUACUACAUGACAUUAUUGCUGUGCAGCAAUAGUUUGAACUCUGAAAGUGUUGCGUAAUUACAAGCAUGUGCAUAGCUACCGGGUUUUAGAGUUAGGUUUAGGGUUGCUGUAUGCUGUAUGCUGUUGAGUGUCACAUAUUAUACUUUCUAAUUGCUCUAUAAUUCGUUUUACAACUUAGUUCACGGUUGUAUGAGUAAUUAGAUGCAAUU